ACUUGGGGUGGCUGGCUAGCAGGCAGGCGGCAGGCAGGCAAGCAGGCAGGCAGCUUUCUUGUUCCGAGGACGGCGCUCCUGGUCGUGCCGUCUCUCUUUUCUACCUCCAUUGCGCUUGCUCUUUUCUCCCUCUUCUCCCUACCCCUCUCGUCCUCGGUCACUCAAUCACACUCUCCUCCUUUUGCUUUCUCUCUUUCUCUCUCUCAUGUGCGGCGCACGUACCGUUGAGAGUUUCUCCCUUCCCCUUCGAUACUCUUUCUCUACCGUUACCCCCUCCCCUUCUAACCUCGAGCGGGUCGGGCGAGUCCACUAAGCUUGCGAGGGGAGUUCGGCAGACCUCGGCUCUAGUCGGCCUCGAUCCGCAGAAUGUGCUAGACGCUGUGAGUCGAUCGCUCCAGUUUUUAAAUAUUUGCAUAUAAAGAGACUGUAGAGCGUUCACGGGGCUUGAAAACGGUUUUCCGCACUUCGUACGCGGAUCCACAAGUUGCUAGUGCCUAUACCGACGUUAAUUUUCACCAUCAGUUUGGGACGCACUCGAUCAGCGUAUAUCCGUACGACGGCCAUGUUUGGUGUUUACGAGGUGAGGGGGAAUUGCUGACGUCACGAACCCCGAUCUUGCACGAAGGGAGCAGCAACACCAGCAGAAGCAGAAAACGUGUUGCCGGCCAACACAGACACCAAAUCUAACACAACUUCGAAACAAAACGAAACGCAGUCGAGUAUCUCGAGUGCUCGACGAAUAUCGUACACAAGAUUAUUGUGCGUGAACACACGAAGAAGAAACUCAGGCGCGCAAACUGUGCCGCUUGAAAUUCCCUUUCCGAUGGGACGCGCGUUUUUUGUGUUUACAUAUGGUGUUACAUUACUCAGUGGUGUAUUUCAGUGACACGCAUCACUUUCUUAUUGGAUAUAUUAACAACUUUCAUACGCAUCUAAAGAGCAAGGAUUAAAACAUCAUGGAUCUAGGUGACAGAGUUUACGCUGCGGAACGGAUUACGAAGAAGAGGGAAAAGCGGGGUAAAGUAGAAUAUUUCGUAAAGUGGAAGGGAUGGAGCAAAAAAUACAACACAUGGGAACCAGAAGAAAACAUUUUAGACGUCAGAUUAAUCGAAUUAUACGAAGAAAGUCAAAAAGGUGGAGAUGUAACUACAAGAAGACCUAGACGGAGGGAUACUAGAUAUAGUGAACAUGUUUUGGCCAACAUGGUUGUUGAAGAAGAACCAGGUGGAGAUGAGAGAGUCGGAGAAGAUAGUCAAGACGAAUCGACUACCGGUAGCACUUCUGCUCCUCGUCUAAAUCCCGUUGCACCUGAUGAAGACACGCUUCCGAGUUCUCUCGAUGGACAUGAAUCGCCCACAGCUCCAGAAUUAUCGGCAUCCGCUUUUAGCGUCGAUUCAGAUAGUUCCAAUAGCAGUGUAGAUAGUCCUUUAUUGCCCAGGAGAGAACCAAGUGGUACAAAAAGAAAAGCUGAAGUUCUUAGCAAAGAAUCGGGAAAAAUUGGUGUUACUAUUACUACAAGUCCAAGUGGAAGUCCUCCACCAAAUAAGAUUCCUCGAUUAUUGCCACUAAAGAGUAAUCCAACAUCUCCUUCUUACCACAGUCACAAGGUUAAUGGUAGAAGGCCAUCAUCAUCGAGUGUGAAGUCGACACCAGAAGAACCGUUGCCAGCAAUGCCUACAACGCCAGCUCCUGCAGUACAAGAGAAAAAGCGUGCCGAAGCCGAUGUGCCUCAUGGUCCUCCACCCUCGUUGCCACGUGCACCACCCGCACCUUUAUCUCCUCAAAUAGAUACUCCUCUGGAACAGCCUAGCAAAAAGAGGCACUUGUCCGAGCAAAAACAAGAAAAAUCGAACGGAACUGUGGCGGUAGAUACGAAUGGUCAUAAGUCACCCAGUCCUACGGAUUCAUACACGAAUAACAACAGGUUAUCAACUGUUGUUAAUGGGCAUCAUAGUCAUAACAAUAAUAAUAACCAUACCAACAAUAAUAACAACAAUAAUAAUAAUACAUCGAGCGUGAAACAAACAGAAAUUACAAAAACAGACAUGUAUAUUCCUCUCUCGAGUCCUGGUACGGAUUAUUGGCAUGCAAGGAAUCCAGUUGCCGAUCAAGUGUUCAUUACAGACGUGACGGUGAAUUUGAAGACCGUUACCAUCAGGGAGUGUAAGACUGAAAAAGGAUUCUUCCGGGAGAGAGAUCCGAAGAGCGAUAUCUAUUAACAAGUUCUGAAUAAGGACGCUUUAUUGUGAAUUUCUAAUACUGAACCACGCUUGUAAAUAUAAAUUAUUUUCACACGUUGAAGUGUAGAGCCGAAGAUGGUUAUAUAUAUAUGUAAUCAUAUACUAUGUGACGAUAUUGAGCUAUAUAUAUAUAUAUAUAAGAACGUUUUUCUAAAGAAGUAAAACGGAUUUUUUUGUGGUUACAAAGAAGAUCAAAGUUAUGCGUAAAUUAUGACAAAAUAUAUUAAAAUUUAUAAAUCGCAGUUUCUGGUAUAUUAUGUAUUCUAAACGAAGUUCCAAGAACUUCCAGAAACAAAAAAUAUGAGAACUUAAAAUUCAAUAUUAUGGAUACGAUAUCCUGUGAAUUUUAUUGCAAACAAAAUUGAAUAGUCAGAUUUCCAGUAUGUUGAGUGAAAAAUUAUUGUGUGAUUAUCAAUGGAUAAAAGAUAGUAAGACUAUCAUCAUGCGACAACCUUAUGCAAAAGAACAACGGUACGUCAUGAGUCGCUGUCAUGUCGUGAUAUAUACUUGUACAUUUUUUAAAACGCUUGAUAGUCCAUAAAUCUCUGUAUUAAAAAACAGAGAAAAAUGCAAAAAGAUCUGAACGAAACAUUUUAGAAGAUAAAUACAUUUUCUCAUUGAUUGCAUUUUCGCUUGUAUUAGAACUCUGCAGAAAUAAUAGUAUAUCUUGUAAAUUAGUUGAUUUCAAAUUUUACUAUGAUAAAAUAGUACAGAUCU